UGAAACAUGUCGCUUGUAUGAAAAGGAAUAAACGCGGGGUUCACAUUCAGCCAAAAGAAAUUCAGAUUACUAUUUUUGGCAAAAAGCCUUAAUUUUUUCUCCAUUUUCCCAACUUCUUUGACUUCCACAAAGGAAAUUCCACCUGUCAUGCUCACCUCCUCUCGUCCAUUACUGCAACAGCACGUCUUAUCGAAUGCAGCGAAAAUAUGGAAUACUACCAUUCGUAUACCGAACCUCAAAGCAGCCGUGCCUGUAGCUGAUUCCAUUUUUGAUAUCGAUCAAACUGCUGAUCUUGUCGUCGAUCUUUUACGCCAUUAUCAAGGCAAAGUACUUGUCAUGACAGGUGCAGGCGCUUCCACCGAUUCAGGAAUUCCUGACUAUCGAGGUACUCAGGGAACCUAUGUACGUAAUCCAAAACACCGUCCAAUUCUUUUUCAAGAAUUGAUAUCGUCCGAAGAUUUUCGUCGUCGAUACUGGGCGCGUGGAUAUUUGGGAUGGCCAGAAAUGAGCAAAGCACAAGCGAAUCCGACGCAUUAUUUACUGGCCCAACUUUUGCGAGACCAGUACAUUCAGCAUAUUAUCACUCAAAACGUCGAUCAUUUACAUCAUUUAGCUGGCACGUCACCGCAGCACGUUACCGAACUGCAUGGUUCACUGCGAGAAGUGGAAUGCUUGUCCUGUCGAACCAGUGUCGAUCGUGAUCUGUAUCAGCGUCGACUCAAUGCAAGGAAUCCAAAGUGGGCCAACUAUGCUCGUUCACUGCAACUGCGAGGUGAAAAACCCAAAACCAAUCCAGACGGCGAUGUAGAACUGCCAGGCGACAUCACCUACACAGAUUUUGAUAUCCCCCCAUGCCAUGUGUGUUCAAGUCGCAAAAUGAAACCUAAGGUCGUCUUUUUUGGAGAAAAUAUCCAGUCCACCAUCACCGCUCAGGCUGAGAACCAAGUACGGGACAGUAGUGCGAUGCUUAUCAUUGGCAGUUCAUUAGCGACCUAUUCGUCCUAUCGAUUAGUGCGAUUGGCCAAUGAAUUAAGCAAACCCAUCGGUAUUAUUAAUUUGGGCGCCACUCGUGCGGAUGGCUUAAUAUCAUGGAAAGCCGAAGUCGGUUGUUCUCCCGUACUAGAACAUGUCGUUAGAAAAUUAUCCAUUAAACCCUAAUUAUGACCAGGCACUCAUUCAUAAAAGACAUCCAGUGUGCAUAUUGAGCA